AUGGCACGCCGGGACCGCCUCGAGCGCGGUGGCCGACGUCGCCGUGCGGCAGCCCGUGGUAUCAUGCCGGACUUCUUUCAGAGUGAUGGUGAGGACGACGACGAGGCCGAGGGUGGACUGUUGUCCGGUAUGAAGAGGCGUACCCGUAAGCAAUACGACGAGAGAAGAGACAUGGAUGACAUGGAUGGCGUGGAGGACGAAUUGCCCUAUGAGCAGUUGAGCGACAUAAAGAGCAACUCCAUCGCCGAAUGGAUUGUGCUCGAUCGCGUUCGCAGGACCAUCGUGCGCCACUUCCGUCAAUUCCUCAUGACUUACGUAGAUGAGCACGGAGCAUCAGUAUACGGCCAGCGUAUCCGCCAUCUCGGAGAAAACAACUCCGAGUCGCUCGAGGUUUCCUACCUACACCUUUCUGACUCCAAGCCUAUCCUCGCUUACUUCCUCACGAACUGCCCCACUGCUAUGCUGGCUAUCUUCGAUGAGGUCGCUCUCAGCGCGAUCCUGAUCUACUACCCUGCCUAUGAGCGCAUCCACUCAGAGGUGCACGUCCGGAUCACUGACCUUCCUCUCACCGCCUCGCUCCGUGACCUUCGUCGAGCCAACCUCAACAAGCUUGUACGCGUUACUGGUGUUGUGACCCGCCGCACUGGGGUCUUCCCGCAGCUCAAGUACGUCAAGUUCGAUUGCCGCAAGUGCGGGGCGGUCCUCGGUCCGUUCUACCAAGACUCAACGCGGGAGGUAAAGAUCAGCUACUGCCCCAACUGCGAGGGCAGGGGGCCUUUCGCCAUAAACUCAGAGCAGACUGUGUACCGCAACUAUCAGAAGAUGACUCUGCAAGAGUCUCCUGGGAGCGUACCUCCUGGCCGACUCCCGAGACACCGAGAGGUUGUCUUGCUGUGGGAUCUUAUCGAUAGGGCAAAGCCCGGAGAGGAGAUCGAGCUCACCGGAGUGUAUCGCAACAACUUCGACGCUUCGCUCAACUCAAAGAAUGGUUUCCCCGUCUUCUCGACGAUCAUCGAGGCUAACAACAUCAACAAGAAGGAGGAUCAGUUUGCUGCUUUCCGACUUACUGAAGAGGACGAGAAGGAGAUACGUGCUCUUGCCCGAGAUGAUCGUAUCCGGAAGCGGAUCGUCAAGUCCAUCGCCCCCUCAAUUUACGGACACGAGGAUAUCAAGACCGCUAUCGCGCUCUCACUAUUUAGCGGUGUAGCUAAGGACAUCAACCGAAAGCACCGAAUCCGUGGAGACAUCAACGUCCUGCUGCUAGGCGAUCCCGGUACCGCGAAGUCGCAAUUCCUGAAGUAUGUCGAGAAGACUGCCCACCGCUCCGUCUUCGCCACCGGUCAGGGCGCGUCCGCGGUCGGUCUCACCGCCAGCGUCCGAAAAGACCCCAUCACGCGCGAGUGGACGCUUGAGGGUGGUGCGCUCGUGCUCGCCGACAAGGGCACGUGCCUCAUCGACGAGUUCGACAAGAUGAACGACUCGGACCGGACAUCGAUCCACGAGGCGAUGGAGCAGCAGUCGAUAUCUAUCUCGAAGGCGGGCAUUGUUACGACGCUGCAGGCGCGGUGCGCCAUCAUUGCCGCCGCGAACCCGAUUCGGGGGCGGUACAACCCGACAAUCCCCUUCCAGCAGAAUGUCGAGCUCACGGAACCGAUCUUGUCGCGGUUUGAUGUGUUGUGCGUGGUGAAGGACACGGUCGACCCGGUGCAGGAUGAGUUGCUUGCGCGAUUCGUGGUCGGCAGUCAUCUGAGGAGCCAUCCGAAGUUCGACUCGAGCAAGGAAGAGAUGGACGUCGGGACCAUCUUGGACGCGGACAUCAUCCCCCAAGACCUGCUCCGCAAGUAUAUCAUGUACGCCAAAGAGAAGGUUCGUCCGAAGUUGUACGACCUCGACCAGGAGAAACUUUCGCGGCUGUUCUCGGACCUCCGGCGCGAGUCCCUCGCGACUGGUUCGUACCCCAUCACGGUGCGCCACCUGGAGAGCAUGAUCCGGAUGGCGGAGGCGAGCGCGAAGAUGGCGCUGCGCGAAUAUGUGCGUGCAGACGACAUCGACCUCGCUAUCUCGGUCGCGGUGGGGAGCUUCGUCAGUGCGCAGAAGAUGUCGAUCAAGAAGACGCUCGUGCGAGGCUUCCGCAAGUACCUCACGCAGGCACGCGACCAUGAAGAGCUGCUGGCGUUCAUCUUGGGGCAAAUUGUGAAGGAGAAAGCGCGGUUCUAUCAGCUACAGAGGCACCAGCAGCCGGAAUUGGUCACGAUCAAGGUUUCCGAGCUGGACGAGCGGGCUAAGGAACACGACAUCUACGAUACAGCUCCGUUCCUGCGGUCGAAGCUAUUUGCGGCAAAUGGUUAUAAGCUGAAGGAAGGCACGAUUGAGAAGGCGUUCAGGCGGGGGGACGAGGCGUAA